GCCCUCCUCCCUCCCAUCUCCAUUUCCUUUUCCCGGUCACAUUGGAAGGUUUCCAUUGGACCCAAAUCCCGGGUUGCGAUCAGUGCUGCCAUCAAUGCCGAAAAUUCAUCAAAGCGGAGCAGCAGCAGCGUGCAGCGAGCCCGGGGAGACCAUCUUGCUUCCUGGAUGUGACUACAAUCACUGGCUUAUUGUCAUGUAGUUUCCGAAGGAUCCUGCGUCAGUAGGGAGCAGAUGAUUGCGAUUUACCUCAACACUUUGCUACUGUUCUUGGCAGCAUGGAAGAGGCAAAGAAGAAUAUGUAUGCAUUUAGUACCACAACAUAUUCUGGAUUCCAGUGUACGGUUGACGAGGAAACGUAUGAGAAAUUUAAGGGACUGCCUGAGGUUCUUUGGGUGUGACCUGACUCAUACAUAGAUGUGAUGAACAAGGACUCCUGAGGGGACAAGUAUAUCAAUGGGGAAAUUAUUCCAUGCUCAUACCCUACUCACCGGCCAAACCAACGGGGCAAUAAUUCGAAAUAUCAAACUAAGAGGUAUCAAAGACGAAGGGAUGGACCACCUCCACAGAGAAGACCAACACCAGAGGCAGCUACCUCGGACUCCACCUUUGGAUGAGGAAAUAAAGGGAAAUUAUUCAACCAAGUUUGUUUUUUGAAAAGGGAUAUGUCUCUUUGCAUCUUUUUUGCAGGUUGUUAAACCUGCUAAUCCCAGUUGAUGGUCCAGUCUCGUUCAAGUUGCUUGCUCAUCUUUCUUAAACAGAGGAUUUGAGGUAGUUAUGAAUGGUGUAUUGGUGUUUAAUUGAGGUCAGGAAAUUAAUUUUACAAAAUAAAUCUAGUCUUUUGUAUAGUAUCUCUUAUAAUUUAGUCUUUGCUGUAUGACUCCAUUAUACCCGGUAACUUCCUGAGGGAUGUAAGCAAAUAGCUUUAUGGGUACUCUUUUUUGGGAUUGAAGUAUUUAUUCUCCAAAGUGCUGUUGAAAUUGCUAUCUCUUCAAUUAUUGUGGUUUGAAAUUCUUUUCUCGUUUGCUUUUCUAUUUGCCAAUAUCUUUUCCAAACAAAAUUUUAUAAGGCAGUAAAGUUGGCAAUUUUAC